ACCUCGCGUUUGAGAAUGAUGUCUGAUGUUGUGUGUGACGGACGGUAAUAUUAAAACACUUGCAGAUGCUCUCGAGUGUUUCUGCCUUCUACUGGCAGCACGUGAAAACUACAAUCCUUCGAAUGUACCCAGAAUGCACCGCGACACAGCGCCAUUUUCGCGAGUGCGCGCGUCGCUGCAGACUACAGCCUUGUUUAAUUGGGUCACGAGACACACGGAGAAAUACUCGAACUGAUCCUCAGUAAAGAGUCUGAUCUCAUCUGAUCGAUCUCCCGCCGAACCGUCACAUCGAGCGAGAGCCAAUGAUCGCGUCGGGUCGCGCCGCUCGGAUGAAGUGUUCACGCGCGGGCCCGGGCUGAUGCGACACUGAUUCACUGACGGAACCAACAACACAAGCAAAACAAAACAGAAUGAUACGAGGUCAGAAACGAGGAGAUGAUCAGGAGGAGGGACGAGGAUCUCCUCCUGGGCCUGCACCCGGACCCGGGGCCGCCGCGCUCCAUAAGAGACUCCGGCGCGAGGACUCGGAGGAGCGCGAUCACAAGGACGGGACGGUGGACUGGGGUCAGCUGCCGCAGGAGAUCUUACUGCAGAUCUUUCAGUUCCUGCCGCUGCUGGACCGGGCGUUCGCAUCACAGGUGUGCUGGGGCUGGAAUCAGGUCUUCCACAUGCCCGAACUCUGGAGAUGCUUUGAGUUUGAGCUCAAUCAACCCGCCAGCUCGUACCUGAAGGCCACUCACCCCGACCUGAUCAAACAGAUCAUCCAGAGACACUCCAACCACCUGCAGUACGUCAGCUUUAAGGUGGACAGCAGCACAGAAUCUGCAGAAGCGGCCUGUGAUAUUCUGUCUCAGCUGGUCAACUGUUCUCUGAAGACCCUCGGGCUCAUCUCCACCGCUCGACCCAGCUUUAUGGAGCUGCCCAAAUCUCAUUUCAUCUCGGCCUUGACGGUGGUGUUCGUGAACUCUAAAUCUCUGUCAUCGCUGAAGAUCGACGACACGCCGGUGGACGACCCGUCACUCAAAGUGUUGGUGGCCAAUAACAGCGACACACUGAAGCUCUUGAAAAUGAGCAGCUGCCCGCACGUGUCACCUGCAGGGAUCCUGUGCGUGGCGGAUCAGUGUCACGGCUUACGCGAGCUGGCGCUCAACUAUCACCUGCUGAGCGAUGACCUGCUGUUGGCCCUCUCGUCCGAGCGGCACGUCCACCUGGAGCACCUGCGCAUCGACGUGGUGAGCGAGAACCCCGGCCAGCACUUCCACACCAUCAAGAAGAGCAGCUGGGACGCCAUGGUGCGCCACUCGCCCAAAUUCAACCUGGUCAUGUACUUCUUCCUGUACGAGGAUGAGUUCGGGCCCUUCUUCCGCGACGAGCUUCCCGUCACGCACCUGUACUUCGGCCGCUCGGUCAGCAAGGAGGUUUUGGGUCGCGUGGGGCUGACGUGUCCGCGGCUGGUGGAGCUGGUGGUGUGCGCCAACGGCCUCCGUCCUCUCGACGAGGAGCUCAUCCGGAUCGCCGAGCGCUGCAAACACUUGUCGGCCAUCGGUCUGGGCGAGUGCGAGGUGUCGUGCAGCGCGUUCGUGGAGUUUGUGAAGAUGUGCGGCGGGCGCCUCACGCAGCUCUCCAUCAUGGAGGAGGUUCUGGUGCCGGAUAAUAAGUACGAACUGGAUGACAUCCACUGGGAGGUGUCCAAGCAUCUGGGUCGGGUCUGGUUCCCUGACAUGAUGCCUACGUGGUAGACCGCCGGAGUGCCAGCGGCGCAAAACAGUUCCCCCCCUCUCAGCCCUAACCUGACGGUGACUCUCUGGAGGAGAGCGAAGGAAAACUCCAGCUGAAUUAUAAGACGCAUAUUUACACCACUCUGUGUUUAAUCAACAGUCAGAGGUCCUGUCAGGCUCCGUGUGUGUGUUUGUACUGUGUGUGUGUGUGUAUACUUGUGUCGUCUCUCUCUCAGCAGCGGAUGUCUUAUUGGUUUGUGUGUGCGUACUGUGUGUGUGUGUGUGUGUGUACAGGUUAAGCUAUAUUUGUGAGGGCCAAAUGUUUUACCACAUUUUACUGGUCCUCACUAAAUAAAAAGGCUCAUAAUUCGCUCAAACAGUGUUUGUCUUUAAAUGUAAUAGAGGGCACAUGUUUAUGUGAUUGUCAGGUUAAGGGUUAGGGUUAGGGGAUAGAAUAUAUCAUAAGCCUGAUAUAAAAUCAAUGGAAGUCUAUGUAAUGUCCUCACUAGUAUACUGAAACAAAUCUGUGUGUGUGUGUGUUUGUAUAUCCCGGUGGGGACCUAAACCUGAAUACACACCAACACAUGGGGACUCGUGUCACCGUGGGGACCAAAAUUGAGGUCCCCAGGGGCAAAAAAGCUAAUAAAUUGUACAGAACAAUAUUUUUUACAAAUCUAAAAAUGCAAAAAGUGUUCUAUGAUCUUUAGGUUUAGGGAUAGGGGAUAGAAUAUACAGUUUGUACAGUAUAAAAAACAUUACGCCUAUGGACUGUCCCCACGGGGAUAGUCAACCAAAGCCUGUGUGUGUGUGUGUGUGUGUGCGUGCGUGCGUGCGUGCGUGCCUAGUGGAUGUUUUAUUGGUUUGUUCAGAGUGCAACAGUCGUGGCCUAAUGUUUAGAGAGUCGGACUCGUGACCAGAAGGUUGCCGGUUCGAUUCCCAGGGCCGGCGGGUAACGACUGAGGUGCCCUUGAGCAAGGCACCUUACCCCAACUUGAUCCCCGGGUGCUGCAGUGAUAGCUGCCCACUGCUCCGGGUGUACGUGUGGUCACUACUCUCUGGAUGGGUUAAAUGCAGAGGUCACAUUUCGGGUAUGGGUCACCAUAUCUGACUAAUAGGUCACUUUCACUUCACUUUAACAGACGCUCACAGCGUGAUGUCAUGACCAAUCUGAGCUGUGAGUGACAGGCUGAAUGACUCUUGAUCCUCAGUGGUUUAUUUAAGGCUUUUUACCAAACGAAGUAUCAGCCUGUUUGGUGGUUUAACAUGGUUGAAGCUUAUCGUUCAAAUGUUUCUCUUUUUCUUUGCUGAUGUCAUUUGUUAUAGAUAAAUAAGAAUGUUGGUUGGUUUUUAUUUUAAUCUGAUGAUUUCAUCUCUCGGUCUGGUUGGAAGGACAAUCACAUGAAUGUGUCAAUUACAUUCACGCUGAAUAAUCUGUGUCCGCUCGUAAUCCUUGGGCUUCAUCAUGAUGUCAUCUCUAUUUUCGUCUGUAAUACAUCAGUUAUUUGAUUUAUGGUGGGAAAAGUGUUUGUUCAGUUUAUAAAACAGAGGGAAAAGUAAAGAAAUAGGUGGUUUGUUCAGUUAUUCUGGCAGGUUUAAAUAACACACAGUUUCAUCAUUCAGCAGAAGUUCUUCUGUGGGUCUGAUCCACACAAAUCUGCUCUGGAUGGAAACGCUUCUGUUCUCAUAUAACUUAUGCUUUAUAAUAUGAAGUGAGUUCUUAGUCGACAUGGACAUAACAUAUUAUUUCCCCCCUGCACUUUAUAUAGAAAUGUAUUUCGAAAAUGUACAUAGUAUAGGAUGAGUUGUGUCAAUAUUUCUCCUAAUAUGACGUUAUUCUUCAUAUUAUUUUUUCCUGUGCUUAAAAUGUUAGUUAAUUGUUUUCUUUCAGGCACUUAAUUGCUCUCAGCUUCAGUUCAUUGAUCAUGACUACAUAGAUUUUAUUAAUUAAAAAGGUUCAUGUUGUUGUGGAAAUGUUUCUGUUGUUUUGGAAUAAACUUUUGUGAAUGUAAUAAUUGUUCCUAUUAGUUUUGUUGCGGUUACAUUGGCAUUUAAUUGUAAUAAAAUCAUUGGCAAAAAAAGCUGUAAUAUUUGUAUAAUGUGAGUAAAUUGCAACAUGAUAAACAAGGUGUUUUUAUUAAUACUGUAGCAGGGGUUAUCUGGUAAAUUACUUAAUAAAAGUUUUGGUUUAAAUUGAUAAUCAA